GAGCUCGUGGCGCUGAUUGUAAAAGAGAGGGACAAUAGGUCCUUUAGUCUGAUUGGGUCCCCAGGUUGGCAACACCCGAGAUGAGAGUGCACAGGAAGCCGCUAUAGAGGCAGCAUGAGAAUAUGCACGUUUAUUUAUAUGUAGAUGGAGAAGAGGGGAAACUUUACCGAGGCCAACAAGGCAGAGCACCAACUCAAGGUGACUUUUAGAGAUUUCAUACCUUUAAGAAAAACUUCAGGCAAAGGAAGAGGAAAGAAAAAUUAGCAGAGGAUAAAUCAAAAAAGCGAAAGUCUGCUGCAGGAAUCAGAAAAUAAGAGGAAAUAACACGUGAACAGCACAAGUCUGUUCAGCAUCGCUGCGUUUCACAAUGGGGGUCCAAGUGCAUCUUCCAGCCACUGCGGGCAGCUUUUUGCUCCCCGUGACCCUUUGCAUUUUGACCCUUCUGCCUCAAGGCCUCCUGGGUAAAUCAGGAGACGAGGAAAAUACCAGAAGCUCUGCGCUGCUGCAGAGGGUGAAAAGAGGAUGGGUGUGGAAUCAAUUUUUCGUCUUGGAGGAGUACACCGGACUGGAGCCGCUUUACAUUGGAAAGCUCCACUCGGACAUGGACAAAGGUGACGGCUCCAUCAAGUACAUCCUGACGGGCGAGGGGGCGGGAACCACCUUCACCAUCGACGACAGCACCGGGGACAUCCACGCCAUCCAGAGGCUGGACAGGGAAGUGAAGUCGCAGUACGUUCUCCGGGCCCAGGCCCGAAACCGCCUCACUGACCGACCUCUGGAGCCUGAAUCCGAGUUCAUCGUCAAGAUCCAGGACAUCAACGACAACGAGCCGAAGUUCCUGGAUGGUCCCUACCAGGCCACCGUUCCAGAAAUGUCCAGAAUAGGAACGUCUGUGAUCCAGCUCACUGCCACAGACGCCGACGACCCCACGUAUGGAAACAGCGCUCGUGUCGUCUACAGUAUCCUGGAGGGGCAGCCAUACUUCUCUGUGGACGCAAAAACCGGUGUGGUCCGGGUGUCCUUAACAGACAUGGACCGAGAGACCAGGGAGAACUACACCAUCCUGAUCCAGGCUAAAGACAUGGGCGGACAGCUGGGGGGGCUGGCGGGGACCACCACCGUCAACAUCACGCUGAGCGACGUCAACGACAACCCGCCCGUGUUUGACCAGCGGUUGUAUCAGAUGAGCGUGCCAGAGUCGGCCCCCGUGGGCUCGGUGGUGGGCCGGAUCUGGGCCAAGGACAGGGACAUUGGGGUCAACGCCGAGAUGAAAUACAGCAUCAUCGACGGAGACGGGAGGGACACGUUUGACAUCAGCACCGACGCCACCAACCUGUUUGGCAUCAUCACCGUAAAAAAGCCGUUAAACUUUGAGAACAAGCCAAGUUACACCCUGAAGGUGGAGGGAGCCAACACCCACCUGGACCCGACCUUCCGGCACCGCGGCCCGUUCAAGGACGUCACCAUCGUUCACGUGAGCGUGGAGGACGUGGACGAGCCGCCGCUGUUCGGCUCGCCGGCGUACUACAUCGAGCUUCUGGAAGACGCCGAGAUCGGGACGGUGGUGAAGACGGUGUCGGCGCGAGAUCCCGACGCUGCCAACAACACAGUGAGGUACUCCAUCGACAGGAGCAGCGACCCCGAAAAAUUCUUCUACAUUGAAAUCACUUCCGGGAUGCUGAUGACGGUGCGUUCGCUGGACAGAGAGGAGGUGGGAUGGCACAACAUCACAGUCCUGGCCAUGGAGAUGAAUAACCCCACGCAGAUCGCCAGCGUGUCUGUGGCUGUGAGAGUGCUGGACGUCAACGACAACCCACCGUCGCUGUCGCAUUACUUGGAGACGUUUGUGUGUGAAAAUGCCAAAGCAGGACAGCUGAUCCAGACCGUGACGGCGGUGGAUCCAGACGAACCUCUGGGGGGCCAACGCUUCUACUACAGCUUGGCUCCGGAGGCCGCCAACAACCCCAACUUCACGCUGCGAGACAACCAAGACAACACGGCGUGGAUCCUGACGCGCCGCGGCGGCUGGUCCCAGCAGGAUCAGACCGUCUUCUACCUGCCCAUCUUCGUGUCCGAUGGCGAGCAGCCGAUGCAGACCAGCACCAGCACUCUGACCAUCCGAGUGUGCAGCUGCGACCAGGAGGGAAACGUCAUGUCGUGCAACGCCGAGGCCUACAGCCUGCCUGCCAGCCUCAGCAAAGGAGCGCUCAUUGCUAUUCUGGCCUGCAUCUUCGUCCUGCUGGUGAUGAUUCUCCUCAUGCUUUCCCUGCGGACACAUCGUAAAAAGCCCUACCUCUGCGACGAGGAGGAGAAUGUGCACGAGAACAUCGUACGCUACGACGACGAAGGCGGCGGUGAGGAGGACACCGAGGCCUUCGACAUCGCCGCCAUGUGGAACCCCAGGGAAGUGCACCACCCUCUAGGCAAGAUACGGCAGGACAUGAUGCCGGAGAUCGAGAGCCUGUCACGCUACGUCCCUCAGCCGUGCGUGAUCGGCGUGGGCAGUGGCGAGGACAGCAACGUCCACGGCUAUGUGCUGGCGAAGCUCCUGGAGGCUGACCUGGACCCGUGCGCGCCGCCGUACGACUCCCUGCAGACGUACGCGUACGAAGGCGAAGGCUCGGUGGCCGAGUCGCUCAGCUCGCUGCAGUCGGGAACGUCGAACGGCGACCAUGAGUACGACUACCUGAACGACUGGGGGCCACGCUUUAAAAAGCUGGCAGAGAUGUAUGGAGUGCUGGAGACAAACACGCCUCCCAUGUGGUAGAAGAAGAAAGGCAAAACACAAAUGAGAAGACAACGCUGGGACGCCCGUAUUCUACAUCCGAAGGCUGGAUUAUCAGCAGCCUUGAAGGCCUUCACGCCUGCAGAGGCAGUCUGAGCCGGGUUUAAAUCUUCUUCAAAGAUGGGCUGGAUUUUUGGGCCUCAUGGGGCCCGGUAGAGGAACAGCUUCAAAGCACAUGUUAACCCCCUCCUCGGGUCUGAAACACCCAGAGACAGAGCCUCUUUGGUUCAAAGUGUUUGAGCUGGAGAUGAAAACUCCCUGCACCACAGAGAUGUUUUCUUCUGAGAGAAAGUCAGUGUUUUGAUGUGUUUUUGGUCCUAAUUUACUCCUUUGUUUAAACUUUUGUAUUUAUGUUUUAAUUUAUUUGGGUUCUUCAACUAGCACUGUGCGUAAACUUUUAAAAACAUCACAUAUGUUGUGACAGUAGACACCUUCGGGGUUUGCUAGAAAGGAGAUUUCAAUGCUUCUAAAAGUCACACCCAUUGGUAUAAAUUACUGGAUUGGACAUUACGUCACUAUCAUGUGUCAGUGAAAUUUGAAGUCCUGAAAAAUUAUGCCGUGCCAUCAUCCCCCUACUACUACUUCAUGUUGUCUUCUUUGUCGUCUCUGCCAGUAGUAACAUCCGGUUGUUGAUUAUGCGAUUCCUGUGAUGCAAAAAAAAAAAGUGUUUCCAUUGCAGUUUUGUGAAAUAAACUAAUUUCAAUACAGUCUAAAAAAUUAACUUGAUGCUAGCGCCAAAACCUUUUAAUAAUAAAAAGUUUAUUUUUCUGAAAUUUCCAUGUUUCCAUUAAGCAAAUUUGUCUUUGUAAUUUGAACAGUUAUGUGAAACGCAUCUGGUACGGGUUGUAGACAUGACACAAGGCACAGAAACGGCAUCACUACCUACAGAGGCUAAUAGGUGAUGUCCAGUCCAGUGAUGUAUAUCAAUGGUACGCUGUAUUCUAAUAGGGGUCUUCGAUGUGUUUAUUGUGAUGUCUGUCAUUUUUCACCCCUUUGUAUUACGAUUCCCAAACAGUUUUCUUGAAAGCAUAAAGAAGUUGCCAUGAGGCAGGGUGGAGGUUUAUCUCGACAGAAAUCUGAACGAGCACACGACCAAGUCGCCUUUCGUUUCCGAUCCCACCGCCGUGCCAAACGGAGUCCGACAGCGGAGAGGCUCCAACCGUCACGUUGCUUUUCUCCAACCAUUUGGGCUGCAGGGACACUGGUCAACCUGCAAUAAGUGCCAAAUGUAUAAAGAACAAAAAGACUUUUAAGAAAAAAAAAAGAAUCCAAGAGAGACGGAAACACCAAAAUAUGAAAUAAGGAUUUUAGAAACUGAGAAAGAUGUAAAAAGUGCUUUUUCAUUAUUGAAUUGGGCAGAUUUACUUGAAUUCAAUACGGUGAGUCAUACUGCACUAAGUGGUAUGUGAAUGUAGAUAUUUUUUGUAUUCUUGUUAAUAAAAGCUUUUUUAAAAAAUGUU